AUGGACGGUUACGAUGGAACCGUUAGGCUUGGAGCUAUCAACAUGAAGUAUGAUCGCGGCGACUUUGACUCCGGCGUCGAUGUGUCGGUUUCUUCUCCGGUUACUAAACAGAAAGCCGCCGCCGCUAAACAAUUCAUCGAGAAUCAUUACAAGAAUUAUCUUCAAGGAUUGCAAGAUCGCAAAGAUAGACGUAGAGCGCUUCAAAGGAGAGUGCAGGAAUCUCAAUUACCAGUGGAAGAGCAGGAAGUGAUGAUGAGGAAUUUAGAGCGCAAAGAAACCGAGUACAUGAGGCUUCAAAGACGUAAAAUUGGAAUUGAUGACUUUGAGCAAUUAACAGUAAUUGGUAAAGGUGCUUUCGGUGAGGUGAGGUUAUGCCGUGGUAAAAGUACUGGAGAGAUUUUUGCCAUGAAGAAAUUGAAGAAGUCAGAGAUGCUUAGCCGUGGGCAGGUGGAACAUGUUCGAUCUGAGAGGAACUUGCUGGCAGAGGUUGAUAGCCGAUGCAUAGUAAAACUUCAUUAUUCAUUCCAAGAUUCAGAUUUCCUAUAUCUCAUCAUGGAAUAUUUACCUGGUGGCGACAUUAUGACACUGUUAAUGAGAGAAGAUAUUCUUUCUGAAACUGUUGCUCGCUUCUACAUUGCUGAAAGUAUUCUUGCUAUCCACUCAAUACAUCAACACAACUAUGUACAUAGGGAUAUAAAGCCAGAUAACCUUAUACUGGAUAAAAAUGGUCAUUUGAAGCUUUCAGACUUCGGCUUAUGCAAGACUCUUGAUGACAAGUAUUCAACGAUUUUAUUAGAAAAUGAAGAUUUUAAUGGUCAAGAAUCAACUAGUGAAACUGAAGGAUAUUUUGUCUCCCCUUGGUUGAUGCCAAAGGAAAAAUUACAGCAGUGGAAACGUAAUCGCCGUGCAUUGGCAUAUUCAACUGUUGGAACUCUUGACUACAUGGCUCCUGAAGUUUUGCUCAAGAAGGGGUAUGGAAUAGAGUGUGAUUGGUGGUCUCUUGGGGCAAUCAUGUAUGAGAUGCUUGUUGGAUAUCCUCCAUUCUGUUCUGAUGAUCCAAGGAUGACCUGCCGGAAGAUUGUGAAUUGGAAAGCAUGCCUGAAAUUCCCCGAAGAACCCAAGAUAUCAGCUGAAGCUAGGGAUCUCAUCUGUAGCUUAUUAUGUGAUGUUGACACAAGACUAGGAACAAGGGGAGUAGACGAAAUAAAGGCUCAUCCAUGGUUCAAGGGUAUUCAGUGGGACAUGCUUUAUGAAUCGGAAGCUGCAUAUAAACCUACAGUCAUUGGAGACUUGGACACACAAAACUUUGAGAAGUUUCCUGAUGUAGGACCACCAUCCGUAACAGAAACAAUGGGACCUUGGAGAAAGAUGUUGACAUCCAAAGACACUAAUUUCAUAGGAUAUACUUUUAAGAAAUCAGACAUCCUUAAAUCAAUUGGGAGUACAGAUGAAGAUAUCAGAGUAAAUGGCUCAUCAAAAUCACCCUCUUUGAUUUCCUUGUUAGGGCAAAUGGAUUUGCAAGAUGUUGUCAUUACAGAAAGUGAACAGAAGCCAGAAACUUGA